AACCACAAUCAACACUAAAAUUUUCAUCAUUAAUUACUUCCUUCUUCAACUCCCCCCCCCCCUCUAUUUCUUCUCCUUCGCCACCUUUUCACCUCACCUUGAACUAUUUUGAUAUUUUCUACUUCUACUUCCGGUUAGGAGUUUCUAAAACUUCUUUUACUUACCCCAAACUCAAACUAAAACAGCGAAAACCACCCAUGGAUGCUUAGUAAUUGUUUUUCUAAUUGAGUUGGAGGAGGAAGAAAAUGGUUUUAAAGGUUUUAGCUUUUCUUGCGUUGCUUUCAGUUAUGGUGAACUCUCAGCAGCCAGCUUUCAACGACGACGUUCUGGGGUUAAUCUUCUUCAAAGCAGGUCUCAAGGACCCAAAUGCAAAGCUCCAAUCUUGGAGUUCCGACGACAAUGAUCCCUGCAACUGGACGGGCGUAAAAUGUGACCCCAUUACUUACCGGGUUACGGAGCUCCACCUCGAUGACUUAUCUCUUUCCGGCCACGUCGGUCGUGGCUUAUUGCGGUUACAGUUCCUUCAAGUUUUGUCACUUUCGAAAAACAAUCUCACGGGUACCGUAAACUCCGAGCUUUCCCAUAUCGGAACCUUGCGGGUUAUCGAUUUGAGUGGAAACAGCUUGUCGGGAUCGAUCCCUGAAGAGUUUUUUGCACAAUUUGGGUCUCUGAAGUCGGUUUCUUUUGCGAGAAACAAGCUCACGGGUCAUCUUCCUGGUUCUUUGAGCUCAUGUUCGACGCUUGUGGAAGCAAACUUCUCGUUUAAUCGAAUCUCGGGGCAGUUGCCAUCUGGGAUUUGGUUUUUGAGGAGCCUUCAAUCGCUUGAUGUGUCUGGUAAUCUGAUGGAAGGAGAGAUUCAAGAAGGGAUUGGCAAUUUGUAUGAUUUGAGACUGAUAAAUUUCGGAAACAACAGAUUCUCAGGGAAGAUUCCUGGUGAUAUCGGAAGCUGUUCACAGUUGAAAUCUGUUGAUUUUAGUGAUAAUUUUUUGUAUGGUAAUCUUCCUGAUUCAAUGAGGAGACUUGUUUCUUGUAGUUCAAUCAUUUUACGAGGAAACUCUUUGAGUGGACAAGUUUCUGACUGGAUUGGAGAAUUGAUAAGCCUUGAAAGUUUGGAUCUUUCUGCAAAUAAUUUCUCUGGUGGAAUUCCAUCUUCUUCGGGAAAUCUGCAGUUACUGAGGGAAUUGAAUCUUUCAAUGAACCAGUUAACUGGUAAUGCUCCAUCAUGGAUUUCUGGGAAUGAACUUAUGGGGAGCCUUCAGGUCUUGGAUCUUUCUUCAAAUGAUUUAUAUGGUGAAAUCCCGUCGAAAAUCGGGGUUCUUAGCAGCUUGGUGUUCUUUAAUACGUCCAGGAACAAUCUUUUUGGAUCAAUUCCAGGCAGUAUAGGUGAAUUGAAGACCACACAGGUUAUUGAUUUGAGCUACAAUUUGUUGAAUGGAAGCAUUCCUUCCGAAAUUGGUGGUGCAGUGUCACUCAAGGAACUCAGAUUGCAGAUGAACUUUCUUUCUGGGAAAAUUCCAAUUCAGAUAGUGAAUUGUUCAUCACUAACAGUUUUAAAUCUAUCCUGGAACAACCUAUCUGGCUCGAUUCCUCCUGCCAUUUCGAACUUGAGCUGCCUCGAGUAUGUGGACUUGUCGUCCAAUGACCUUACCGGAAGCUUACCGAAAGACCUAGCUAAUCUUUCUCUACUCAUGUUCUUUAAUGUCUCUCACAACAACCUUCAUGGUGUACUUCCUGUGGGGGGCUUCUUCAACACCAUUCCUACUUCAUCCGUCUCUGGAAAUCCGUCGUUGUGUGGUUCAGUUGUCAAUCGCUCUUGUCCGGCUGUCCAUAAUAAGCCCAUUGUCCUCAAUCCUAACUCCUCAGACUCCAUCAGUGGCUCCUUGCCGAAUCAUCAUCGAAAGAAAAUUGUGCUCAGCAUCUCUGCCCUCAUUGCCAUUGGUGCAGCGGCAUUCAUUGUAAUCGGUGUAGUAGCUAUCACUGCCCUCAAUAUCCAUGUCCGGUCUUCUAUGUCGCGUGCUCCCGCAGCUCUCGCCUUAUCCGGAGGGGAAGAUUUUAGUUGUUCUCCCAACAAUAAUACGAACUAUGGCAAACUUGUAAUGUUUUCAGGGGAUGCUGACUUUGCUGCUGGUGCUCAUGCUUUGCUUAACAAGGAUUGUGAGCUUGGUCGUGGUGGGUUCGGAGUUGUGUAUCGAACAAUCCUUCGUGAUGGACGUUCGGUUGCCAUCAAGAAGCUGACGGUUUCAAGUUUGAUCAAGUCUCAAGACGGAUUCGAAAAGGAGGUUAAAAAACUCGGAAAGGUUAGGCACCAUAAUCUUGUAGCUCUCGAAGGAUAUUACUGGACUCCUUCCUUGCAACUCCUCAUUUACGAAUUUGUUUCAAGUGGGAGCUUGUAUAAGCACCUACAUGAGCCCGGAAGAAGUUGCCUAUCGUGGCGGCAGCGAUUCCACGUAAUUCUCGGGACGGCCAAGGGUCUGGCCUAUUUGCAUCGUAUGAACAUUAUUCACUACAACCUUAAAUCAACUAAUGUUCUUAUAGAUUGCUCAGGUGAGCCCAAGGUUGGAGACUUUGGCCUAGCAAGGCUAUUACCAAUGUUAGACCGAUGCGUUUUAAGUAGCAAAAUCCAAAGUGCACUUGGUUACAUGGCUCCCGAAUUCGUUUGCAAGACGGUGAAAAUAACCGAGAAAUCCGAUGUGUACGGCUACGGUGUAUUGGUGUUAGAGGUGAUAACAGGGAAGAAGCCAGUGGAAUACAUGGAGGAUGAUGUGGUGGUGCUGUGUGACAUAGUCAGGGGAGCGCUUGAAGACGGUAGGGUGGAGGAAUGUAUCGACAGGAGGCUUCGUGAUAACUUCCCGGCAGAAGAGGCGAUCCCGGUUAUUAAGCUUGGCUUAAUAUGUGCAUCUCAAGUGCCAUCAAAUAGACCAGACAUGGAAGAAGUAGUAAACAUUUUAGAACUCAUCCAAUACCCUUCUGAAGGCCAGGACGAGCUCGAGUAAGUGAUUCGGGAUCGAUACGACGCCGUGUUUUACGGUGACGAUGAAUCCAAUUUGUGCUACAGGAAAAAAGAGUUUACAUUUUAUGAAAUGGCCUUGUCCACCAUCCCAUUUACCCUCGAUUCUUUGUUCUUUCCACGUUAUAUUUUAUGUGACUUAUUUUGUUUGUUUUCCCUUUCAAUACGUAGAGUUUUCACCUACUGGAUUCCUUAUCACCGGCUGCGU